GUUUCUUUUGCGGGCGAGGAGAGGCCUUGGCGCGCGGACGCUGCUCACACUGCAACUCUGCCGCAGCUGGCCGUUCUUUUCGGUUUCCCUCUCGCUUCCCCGGGGCAUGAAAGAGCUUUACUGCCAGGACUAAAAGAAAGGGGUUUACCUGGGAGCGUUAGAGGAGGGCGCGCGCACACGGCCCCGAGCGCGGGCGUCCACUCCCGACUGGAAGUUGGUGCCGGGCCCCGAGCGCGCGCCGGCGCGGAGCCCGGGUCAGAGCGAGAGCCUGCAGGACCGCGAUGGGCGCGCCGAGGCUCCGCGCACCCGCGGCGGCUCUGGGAUUGCUGCUGUGCGCGGUGCUGGGAUGCGCGGGCCCGGCCGAGGGCGGCGGCCGCGGGGCCCUGGGGCCGGCUUCUGGGGUCGGCGCAGAGCACCGGUGCCUCGUUCCGUGCCGCUGCCUCGGGGACCUCCUGGACUGCAGUCGCCAGCGGCUGUCGCGUCUGCCCGAGCCGCUCCCGCCCUGGGUCGCUCGGCUGGACUUAAGUCACAACAGAUUGUCUUUCAUCCAGGCAAGUUCCAUGAGCCACCUUCACAGCCUUCGAGAAGUGAAACUGAACAACAAUGAAUUGGAGACCAUUCCGAAUCUAGGGCCAGCCUCAGCAAAUAUUACACUUCUCUCCUUAGCUGGAAACAAGAUUGUGGAAAUAUUACCUGAACAUCUGAGACAGUUUCAAUCCCUCGAAACUUUGGACCUGAGUGGCAAUAAUAUUUCAGAGCUUAAAACUGCACUUCCACCCCUACAACUCAAAUAUCUGUAUAUCAACAGCAACCGAGUGACAUCCAUGGAACCUGGGUAUUUUGACAGUUUGGCCAACACACUCCUGGUGUUGAAGCUGAACAGGAACCGGAUCUCAGCUCUCCCGCCCAAGAUGUUUAGACUGCCUCAACUGCAACACCUUGAACUGAACCGAAACAAGAUCAAAAACGUCGAUGGGCUCACGUUCCAAGGGCUUGGUGCUCUGAAGUCUCUGAAAAUGCAAAGAAAUGGAGUGACAAAACUUAUGGAUGGAGCUUUCUGGGGGCUGAGCAACAUGGAAAUCUUGCAGCUGGACCAUAACAACCUAACAGAGAUUACCAAAGGCUGGCUUUACGGCUUGCUGAUGCUGCAGGAACUUCAUCUCAGCCAAAAUGCCAUCAACAGGAUCAGCCCUGAUGCCUGGGAGUUCUGCCAGAAACUCAGUGAGCUGGACUUAACUUUCAAUCACUUAUCAAGGUUGGAUGAUUCAAGCUUCCUGGGCCUAAGCUUGCUAAAUACACUGCACAUUGGGAAUAACAAAGUCAGCUACAUUGCUGAUUGUGCCUUCCGGGGGCUUUCCAGUUUAAAGACUUUGGAUCUGAAGAAUAAUGAAAUUUCUUGGACCAUUGAGGACAUGAAUGGUGCCUUCUCUGGGCUUGACAAACUGAGGCGGUUAAUACUCCAGGGAAACCGGAUUCGAUCCAUUACCAAAAAAGCCUUCACUGGUUUGGAUGCAUUAGAACAUCUAGACCUGAGUGACAACGCAAUCAUGUCAUUACAAGGCAAUGCAUUCUCACAGAUGAAGAAACUUCAGCAACUGCACUUAAAUACAUCAAGCCUUCUGUGCGAUUGCCAACUAAAAUGGCUCCCACAGUGGGUGGCGGAAAACAAUUUUCAGAGCUUUGUAAAUGCCAAUUGUGCCCAUCCGCAGCUGCUGAAGGGAAGAAGUAUUUUUGCUGUUAGCCCAGAUGGCUUUGUGUGUGAUGAUUUUCCUAAACCCCAGAUCACAGUUCAGCCAGAAACACAGUCGGCAAUAAAAGGUUCCAAUUUGAGUUUUGUCUGCUCAGCUGCCAGCAGCAGUGAUUCCCCAAUGACUUUUGCUUGGAAAAAAGACAAUGAGCUACUGCAUGAUGCUGAAAUGGAAAAUUAUGCACACCUCCGGGCCCAAGGUGGGGAGGUGAUGGAGUACACCACCAUUCUUCGGCUCCGCAGUGUGGAAUUUACCAGUGAAGGGAAAUAUCAAUGUGUCAUCUCCAAUCACUUUGGUUCAUCCUACUCUGUCAAAGCCAAGCUCACAGUAAAUAUGCUUCCUUCGUUCACCAAGACCCCCAUGGACCUCACCAUCCGCGCCGGGGCCAUGGCACGCUUGGAGUGUGCUGCCCUGGGACACCCGGCCCCACAGAUAGCCUGGCAGAAGGACGGGGGCACAGACUUCCCGGCCGCGAGGGAGAGACGCAUGCAUGUGAUGCCCGAGGAUGACGUGUUCUUUAUCGUGGACGUGAAGAUAGAGGACAUCGGGGUGUAUAGCUGCACAGCUCAAAACAGUGCGGGAAGCAUUUCUGCGAAUGCAACUCUGACUGUCCUCGAGACGCCAUCAUUUUUGCGGCCCCUGUUAGAUCGAACUGUAACCAAGGGGGAAACGGCCGUCCUGCAGUGCAUCGCGGGCGGGAGCCCUCCUCCCAGAUUGAACUGGACCAAGGAUGACAGCCCUUUGGUGGUCACUGAAAGGCACUUUUUUGCAGCAGGCAACCAGCUGCUAAUCAUUGUGGACUCUGAUGUCAGGGACGCCGGGAAGUACACAUGUGAAAUGUCGAACACCCUGGGCACCGAGAGAGGCCACGUGCGCCUCAGCGUGAUCCCCACCCCCACCUGCGACUCCCCUCAGCUGACCGCCUCCUCACUGGACGAUGAUGGGUGGGCCACCAUGGGCAUCGUGAUCAUCGCGGUGGUUUGCUGUGUGGUGGGCACGUCGCUCGUGUGGGUGGUCGUCAUAUACCACACACGGCGGAGGAACGAAGAUUGCAGCAUCACCAACACAGAUGAGACCAACUUGCCGGCUGACACCCCGAGUUAUUUGUCAUCUCAGGGAACAUUAGCUGACAGACAGGAUGGGUACAUCUCCUCAGAAAGUGGAAGCCACCACCAGUUCGUCACGUCUUCAGGAGGCGGAUUUUUCUUACCACAACACGGCAGUAAUGGGACAUGCCACAUUGACAACAGCAGUGAAGCCGAUGUGGAAGCUGUCACAGACCCGUUCCUUUGUCCCUUUUUGGGACCCUCAGGCCCUGUGUAUUUGAAGGGGAGUGUGUAUGGCUCAGAUCCUCUUGAAGCCUAUCAUACAGGUCGUGGUCCUGACCCAAGAACAGCUUUAAUGGAACACUAUGAGCCCAGUUACAUAAAGAAGAAGGAGGGCUACCCGUGUCCUCAUCCUUCAGAAGAAUCCUGCGAGCAGAGUGUCAGUGAUACAGGGUGGCCUUCCCAUGUGAGGAAGUUACUCAGCUCUUCUUACUCUCAACACGAAGGACCUGGAAUGAACAACUUAUGUCUGAACAAGUCUUCGGCAGAUUUUAGUCCAAGUCCAGAGCCAGCAUCGGUUACUCUGAGUAAAUCUUUCAUGGGAACAUUUGGAAAGCCGCUGAGAAGACCUCACCUGGAUGCCUUUUCAAGCUCUGGACAGUCAUCAGAUUGUCAGCCAAGAACCUUUCACUUGAAAGCUCGUUCUUCCCCGAACUUGGACUGUGAGUCCGAGGAAGAUGGGAAAGAAAGGACAGAUUUUCAGCAAGAAAAUCACACGUGUACCUAUAAACAGACCUUAGAAAACCACAGGACUUCAAAUUUUCAGUCUUAUGACUUGGACACAUAGACUGAAUGGGACCAAGGAAGAGUUCUAACAUACUACCUCAAGUGGACUUUUAUUUAAAAGAGAGAGAAUCCUAUGUUUUUAAGUGGAGCUUUGAAUUUUAAAAGGAUAAAAUGUCUUAUUUAUACCGAUGGACCAAAAUUACAAAAAGUUAUAAAAAUUUUAUACUGGGAGUAACUUUCAUAUAAGAAUACCUUUUAAAACUAUUUUACUAUUUUAUAACUUUGCUUUAUGCAGAAAAUAUCUUAUGUAAAUUAAUGGUAUAAAUCCAUGACUAUUUUAUGUAUUUUUAUAAUGCCAGAUUCCUUUUUAUUGAAAAUGAGUACUAAAGCAUUUUAAACAAUAACUGUCUUGUACGUUUUUUGAAUAGAGGCCACUUCAUUUUAUUUUGCACAUUACAUUUAAUAAAUGUGUCAUUUUGAUCCCAAGCCCCAUCUAAACAAGAACAAUCUUUAUUGUUUUCAACACGUUUUAGGCUUAAUGAUUUCAUAUUAUCAUGUCUCACGUUGGUGAAAAUUACAUUCAGCACGUUAAAAUAUGAGCAAAUGAUCGUUCUUCGUACCUCCCAGGGUGGUUGUAAUAUAGACUCAAACCAGAUCAGUGUAUGUGAAAGCACAUUGUAAAUGAGAGCUACAGAGAUCUGAGGUACAUUAAUUUAUUUCUAACUCUACAAACGAAAAGAUGUGUUGUCGUAGUCCAGUGUACUGUAGUACAACCACCAUUGCUGAAAUCACUGCUCACACCACGUUUCCUUAAUUAUAAUAAUGCUUUAUGUCGUCUAAUGCUUUGUGCUUUUCCAAAUAGUUUCACAUCCACCAUCCCUUUAAUUAUAACAAGAGUGGUUUAUUGCGCCUUUCUAUUGUUAAAAUGUCUAGAGCAGAUGUGGUGUUCAUCCUCUGUUCCAGGUUAUAACGGGACGCUGGUGGAGUUCUUUGCUGUGCUUGGUUUUCUGCUGAAUGAGCGGUUCUUACAGAAAAGGUACUCUUAAGCUAUUCUGCAACAUUCUUGAAGAAUUAAAAUAUUUUCCUAAUUUGGUCA